UUACCUUGGCAGCGGGAGGAAAAGGUGGCGGAGCUUACUCUCUUUGCCACAUAGUCCUACAACACAGAGCCGUUAGCUCUAACGGAGAUAGCGGUUUAAAAAAGGCCCUGGGGCCAUGGCGAAAGACUCGUUAGCCGAGGCAGGCUUUUAUUUUGACGAGCUCAACAAGCUGCGGGUCCUGGAGCCCGACGUUGGCCAGAAGACAUCGGAGCUCAAGGAAGAGUGUAAAGAGUUUGUGGACAAAAUUGGCCAGUUCCAGAAGAUAGUGGGAGGUCUGAUAGAGCUGGUGGACGAGCUGGCAAAAGAAGCAGAGACGGAAAAGAUGAAGGCGAUCGGAGCCAGAAACCUGCUGAAGUCGGUGGCGAAGCAGAGAGAAGCUCAACAGCAGCAGCUUCAGGCUCUCAUCGCAGAGAAGAAGAUGCAGCUCGAGAGAUAUCGGAUCGAGUACGAGGCUUUGUCUAAAGUGGAGUCUGAGCAGAACGAGUUCAUCGACCAGUUCAUCCUGCAGAAGUGACGACGCGGCGGUUUCCGUCUCCACACAGUGCCUCUAAUGUUUCCUCUGAGCGACUUCAGAGAACGAGUCUGCUGCAACGCUUCCUCUGCAGAACCCUGAAGCUCAAAACUAAACACUCCUGUUUGAAGCUUAUUCCAACGUACGUGUGUGUGUGUCUCUCUCGUCAGCCUCACACCAAACGUCUCAACAUCUCAGACCAACAUCGGAGAAGACGGAGCUAUUUAUACAAAGGAAUAUUAUUUAUACUAUUUAUACUGAAGAAUGACUCCGUAUAUCUAGUUUUACUACUUUUUGUAUCAAUUUCGGUACUUUAUGUUGCAUGUGAUCUGUAAAUAUAUUUAGAUUUUUAAAAAGAUAAAAGUGUUAUUUCAUUCCUCUGGUACCACCAGGAACACAUCGUCCUCUUUUCUUCUGUGAGUCGUUGUUCAUGUUUUCAUUUGGACGACAAACGCUUAUACUUGAAUAAAUACUGUUUAUUGUUGCACAACUACAUGUGUCGGCAGUUUUGUUUCUAGGUGUUUGAGAGGUUAGCCUCUGAAAGUUACUGUGAGCAGAGACCGGUCCACCGUGGACAGAUUCAGAUCCUCCAGUAGAGACCGGUCCACCGUGGACAGACCCAGAUCCUCCAGCAGAGACCGGUGGUGGUGGUAAUGAAAGCUCCUCGUAAUAACUUCAAGUAUACACUGUAAGCUGCAAUUAUUGAGUAUUAAUUUAUUAAAAAAGAAUUACAGUAUACAGUCGUGUCAUUACUAUCUAGGAACAGUAUUUACACUUUUUAUAGAUCAUUGACUAGAAUCCUCACUAAGAAGUCUGAACAGUCAUCACAUGUUGCUUCAUCUCGUCACAACAAAGAACAAACAUCACAUCCACCGGCCCCGUGCUUUAUGACUUCACUUCUUCUUCGUAUACUGUAAAUAAAAACAAUGAAUCAUUGCAGUGUGUAUUUAUUCACACGUCAACUUGAAAUAAUAAAAUUCAUUCUCACUUUAUCAAGAAUCCAGAGUGCGUCUGUAACGGCUCUCUGGAUGAUCGUGUGGAUCCUCUCUGGGUCGUCUUCAUCAGAGUGACUGGUGUAACCCUGAACAUCCAACAGGUUUACUGAUGACAUCACGACGGCUGUGAGAUCCAUAUUGUUUUAUAUUUAUUUUGUUGUAAACAUCCUUCACAGUUU